AAUACUACUGCCAAUCGUCACAACCCACCUUAUCAUCACUUCGCCAAUUUUCUCCACUCCCGAAAAGCAUCAUGCUGUACCACUAUCGUACUAAGACAUUAAAAUGCGUAACACGUCUCUUAUGCGGGCCAAUAAAACUGGACACAAAACAUAAAACAGUGCCCAUGAAACGUCACCUCGCACUGUGUGUUACGGCUACGUAGAAGAUAACGAUGUUCCGGCUGGUUUUGGGGCAUCUUAAUUUAAGAACUCCGAGCGAAGGAAAGAGCGUGCUGCCGUGUACGCUCAGACUCACACACCGAUUAAGGUUGGGAGAUGUUAAUUUUUAAUGAAUCACGUGAGAUGAAAGUCUAACGUUCGAUUUACGACAGAGCCAUGCCAUGAUACGGUACGCUCACUAGUUGUGAGAGAGUAGAUAAGACUAUAUCCCGCCUCGAGGCGUUGGACGGAACGUCCAGCGUUUAUUUUGGGCAAUGUUUGGACCCAUUCUUUGAACCUUGUUUGGUGAGUAUUUGAAGCAUGAAGCGAGAACAAAGCAGUAUCAUGGGUAUGUUUUCUAUUGAGUUGUUGGAAAUUCUAGCUAAAUGUGUGUUUUUCCUCAAAGUUUUACAUUGCAACAGGCAAUACAUUUCUAUUCUUGAAAUAUUUCAAAGUUUUCAUCAGAAAUAAUGCUCCAACGGAUAAAGCGCCAUUUGAGAGCAAAAAAUCGUAUAUGAAGCCUUAAGAUACAGUCAAAAAAUAUUCAGCGAUACCGUCGAACCCGUUAGUUCUCGGGAACGUUUGCCACGACGCUCUUUUUUCCUCAUAUUUCACCAUUGUUAUAUAGCUGGCUAUGAAAUUAGUAAAAGUGAGCGUUGAAGCGAAAGAACGAGUUUUUCAAUACCAUUUAUUGUUCACAUAAAGAAGACGCCGUAUAACAUUGAAUUACAGUAAUACAAUCACUGUAUUUAGGCAACUGGUUAUACCGUUUUUUUCUUUGAUUUCAUCCGGCGAAACUGGCGGCAUAACUUGUGCAAUGCUUGUCCUAAACCGAACAAUAGCAUAAAGACUUGCUGCAUUAAUUGGAAUCAUUUGAAACCAUCGAAGCGUAACCGAAACUUGAUUAUUACUUUAGAAUGCUUCACAAACAGGCCCAAUAACCAUUCUCCCCAAACGCAGUGUACUAAAUGAACCGAACACCAACGCAUUGAGCUCAAAUCAAACGGAAAAGCCUAUUGUCGAAAAACAAUUGCACAGUAAUCCGCUUAUUUUACGCUCCAAAACUAAUCACAAAAGGCUUCCAAUUCAACGUAAAUUACUACGCAUACAAACAGUUAAUAUUCAAUGCGCUUGUGUUAGCAAUUGAUUUGCGGAAGGAGAAGAAUCUUAAUCUGAUGCGAUCUUCUAUUCAAUGCGAUGCACGUUCAGCCCUUUAAAGUAGCUUUCUUUUAAUUCAGCUCCUUUAAUCAUACUAAAGUGUCUAAUCAGUGCAGUAAAGUUGAAGCGAGCUUUCGUGUUGUCCAUUGAUCGUUUGUUUGUCAAUGAAGGAAGGAAAAACUACGAACCAUGUUUCCACAAAUUAAUACACUCCAUUCCUUUCAAUCAAGCGGUCUACUCGUAUGCAAGCCAGCUGGCGAGUGAUUGUUACUAAUCAAUCCGAUUAAACGGAGGAGAAAGUGUAUGGUCCGGAAAUCUACAACGACCAGAGCCUGUUGUCAUAUGGGAGUUAGUACGGUCAUCCCUUACCCUACUGGAAGCAAUCUAAUCCCUAUACCCUUUCAAGACGAUUGACUUUGAAAUAGACAAUCCCCUCUCGACGACCUGCGCUCAGUUUAUCCAAUCUCGGGGUUAGCACAAGAAUGUGCCAUUAGGUUAUUGUACGAAAUCUGAGCUUGAAUUUCAAAACAAUAUCGAUCCCAGGAGUUCAAGAUGAAAGCUAGCUUCUGGAAACACAGCCAAGAAGCAGUACCGGCAUGUAGUCAUUAUCAUUUUCCGCAAAAAAAGGAAGACACACACUCCGGUUGCUUCCUGGAACUCCCCGGAGUUCGGUGACACCUUUUGCCGAUUGUCUUUGACUUGCUCCGGGACAACACUAAUCCGCCUAAGCCGACAGGGGACUUACGGGUAGGCUUUACACUUCAGGCUUAACCAUACCAGCUCUCACCGCAAAUGUCAAAUCGUAUCCUUUUCGAUUUACCCACUCACUACUUGCUGCUGCUGGGACGUUGCGUGGGUUCUUGGUCGCUGUGGCAUUCCUGUACUGCUCGGGCGUACCGAAAAAUGGCAUCCUCCAGAUAGGGAUUCCGUUCUACCUGUGUAUGCCGGGCUGGGGGCUGUGCGUCAUCGGUGAUAGGUGACUCAAUUCUUAGGCUUUUUCUUCCGCCAAUUCGGAUAAUGACAGCUUGAAGAAUCGGCUUUGUACCGUGGGCCAUUUUUUGAGGAUUGUAGAGAAAAAAUCCCACACAAGGUACAUGGGUUUGAUACAUAAAGGUACAGCAUAUGGUACAGCAGUGGUAUAUAAAUUUCCAAGAAAUGUUUCCUAUCGAUCGAAAGAUUGUUUUUUUUUUUGCUUAAAGGUGAAAGUUGUAAGGUGCUCUUGCAACUCAAUUCAACCAUUUUCAAUGUCGUAAAGGGGAAGCAAACGAUACUUUAAAUUUUAAAGCAUAAAACGUAGUCGAAUUUAAUGAGCGUAAAGUGAUUGAUUCUUAUUUUUUCCUAUUUUGCAGACUUAUUUAUAAACAUCAUAAAAAGGCGACAAAGUUAUCGUAUUGUAAAUUCUAAUAUAAUACUGACCGGCUUGUAAAAUCAUUUCAAUAUACUUUGUGAACAAUAACACUUGAGAUAAUCAACAUACACUUUCUACAAAACCUUUACAAUAAUACAUAUCCAAACACAAAAAUCUUUGCACAAAAAACACCCCCACAAUGCCCUCUUUAAAGACAAAUGAAACUGCUGAACGUCACAUCUCUAUUUAAAUGUCCCGCGAUGACACACUCAAGCCAUCCCAUGUGCUGGGCCACUUGUCAACGGAACGAAACAAAGAAGAAAAAACAAACCGACAACAAAACGAAAAACAGCCUUCCCUCUUCAUAAAGCUCGUAUCCGUAGCCGUAACCGUACCAAACCGAGCGAGUGGCAGGAAAAUCCAGCUCUCCAGGGCCUAAGCUUACCCGGGAGUUUUGACUUUAGGAUGUUCGCCCAUUUUUGCCGAAUCUUAUCACGUUCCAAUUCGUGCCUAUUAAAAAGCAAAUCGCAUGCGGGAUGUUGUUGUUGCUCGCACUGUGUGUUCGGGUUCGGGGUCCACUAGAACGACGAAUGAGCACACGUAUGGAUGGGACGAACGAGUCCUGCUCCACUCCGGUGUCCAUUGUGUAUUUCGAGAUGGCCGAAGAACGUACAGAGAUUAGAUGAGAUUGUUCCCAAUCAAACAAGCCCUCGGGCAGAAGUGGAGCAGCAACAUGAAAGCGUCAGCUAGAUUUUGUGAACCUAUUUCAUUGCUUUUUCUGUAUAUUUCCGUGUGUCUGAGUAAAUACUUGCUUCGAAUGGAAUUAUAAUUUAAUUUUACAGUGUUUUAUGACUUAAGGGUAAAAGCACGAAAACAACCACAUGAGAAACAUCAUACCGCCGGGGUUUCUAUAAUCAAUUAUUUACUUAGGGAAUUUUAAUUGAUUUUUCCACUUGCUACUACGAUCCCUUGCGUAUCCUUCACCAACAGAAUGUCUAGAAAAGCAAAACUGCAUCAAUUAUCCUUACACUUGCAAGGACGCUGCUGAAAGAAGGUCCGACAAAACCAUUGCUCUCUUACGCUCAAUCAGUUAUAAAUUAUCCUAACAAAGCUUAACUGACCGUUAACGGUCACCGUGUUACCACCUCUCCCUGCACUUUCUUACCUUUUGUGUCCAUGUAUUAUCCUACCGACCAUGCUAGAAGGAUGCUUCUCUCUUCCCCGGUAGCGGUUUUUUCGCUCUUCUCUUGAGCCCAUCCAUCCUAGUCCGAUGCGAUUGCCAUUAAAUCUUCCUUUCGCUCAGCCCGGGUAGACCCAGUACACCGGCCACCAGGUAAAUCACUUCAUCCAUGAUCCGUGAAACCACUUUUCCGUACCGUGCACAACGGUCGCCCACCAGGAUAACGGGCCACCUUUUAUCCCUUAGUCAGCUUCCGUGCGCUUAGGUUAACAGCCGCUCGAUUUCUUCGCGCAAUUUUCUUUUCCGAAUUGAUAUUGUCCGGUUGAUUGGUUAGCCAGCAAGAAAGGUACUGCUUUGCUUCAUAAUCAAGGGUAGCAAAAUUAUGAAAAGUAUUGCUAUUGGAAUGGUUUAGCCGAGCAAGAAUUCCAAUGGAGACGCCGGGUACUUUUCGAUUCACUAGAAGCGUAUGGAGACGCAUGGUACCGUCGUACGGUAAUGGAGGCGCCUAGUAGUUUAUGAUUUUAACAGGCUUGCUUGAUGUUUCAGCUUUAAGAAUAGCGUACAGCUGCAGGCUACCAUGCAAUCGAAUCACAAUGACCUUUUUCAUAGAAAAGAAAUCCAACUUCAGCACCAACACCAUUCCUCUAGGUGUCUUCAUACAAAAAAGGUCACCAAGGACUUUUCCUUUCAUGGAGGACAGUGAAAUAUUGCAAGAAUGGAAGGAAUAACUCGUUUUUUUGCCCUGUUGGAUAGCAAAUUGGCUAUAAUUGCUUCUGCCGGUGACAGGUUUGUUUCAUUGUCCUCUAGAUGUUAGUGUUUUUCUUUCCCUUACAAACGAGUAGUGACUACGAACGUCCACGAAAGUAUAAUUCUGUCGCUAGUAUGAAGAUUAAGAUUCAAUAUUACGGAUUAUAAUAUUUAGUUGCAUUGAAAGUGAGUUUACCUAAAACGAUAGCAACAAAGACAAAUAGGUUUAAUUGUAUUUUUUCCAUAAUUCUUUCAAAUUUUUAAACCAUUCAACAAUGCCACGAUGAAGCAUUGAAGCAAUCCAGCACAAAGAGAAACCAGUAACCAAUGAAGGUGGUUUCACCUCACCUGAUGAACCACUUUGCCUGAUGAACGCCACUUUGAUAAAUGAAUUUUGUUCCAGGUCUGGUCCGUGCACUGGCUCUUGUGUCAAGCCAUGCCUGGCACCAAAACAAUCGCCUUCUGUCUGGCUGCUACACGGUCGAAGGAGUUUUACACCGAGCACCGAGAACGUUCGUGCAAGUUGGCUUGACUUUAUUUAACACUCUCACACACCCACAGACACACAGGCUGGCUGAGCAAAAAAGUGUUUUCGUUCCUGCUCGUUGCACCGCAAAACAGGGCAGGAGGGGGGGGGGGGGGAGGGGCAGAGGUGGCAAAGGUGUAAACUUUCUACUUUCUUCGUCAAUUAAUAAUGGCUGUGCGGUUGAGGGCGUACGGUUGCAACGAGACCUGUUGAUUCGAGGCCUAGUCGGGGCCCCGCAAGCUAUUGCUGUUUUACAACUUCAUGGAAAAAACACUCCUCGGAGCUGUUUAAGCUGUGUUGCUUGCGGCGUUUUGAUUCAGUGGGAGAAAACUUGUGAGAAAUACGGUUUUAUACACUCAGUUUUCAUAAAUGGACGUUGUUUUUUUUUUUUUUUGUUGCUGGGGGUGAAAAUAAAUGUAAGUCUUUACUUAUGCUAAUUAGCCUUUUUUCCUAAUUUAAUACCUGCCGUAACAUUUACAUACCACACCAUUGUACUGCCUUCGUUCGUCCAUUGCCAUAGAGAGUAGGAAAAAAGGGAAAGCACAGUGAGAGUGGUUUAAUCCCUCUCAUAAACAAUUAAACACAGGCAAAACGACCCUUCUUCCAGAACAACAGUUUGAAUGAGUCUGUAUGUAUGUAUUGUGUUGCGUGUGUGUGUGUGUUUGCUUACAUUGCUUAAGCAAUAAAACAAAUAGAACUCAACCUUCCAACAGCCACAGUACCACAGACCUGAGCCAUGUCUAUGAAACAAACCCAUAAUAAAAAGGAUUAGAACCCCUCAUCAACCACACAACGGCAAACCACGCAGCACGUAGAUUUAAAAAAGGAAGAAGAAAACUUUAAAACUUUUCUAACAAUACGGGUGCUAGAGUAAGAGAUACUGUACCAGGAGAUAAGACGUAGGAUCAAAUAUGAAAUGUUCAGUGAAUAAAAAAACCACACCUACACAUGUGUGUUUGCUUGCUAAACAGCAAGCAUAUCAUCUAAUAAGGCAAUUGACAAAUUUCACACCGUAAAACUGUGUACAUAUAAACACUUUAGCUGCCUCACAAUGAGGCCUGUAGGAAGUAGGAAAGAGGGCCGCGGCGGGAAGGGUGCUGUGUACAUAUGCACAAGCAAACACCACUUGACACAGUCCCAGUCUCCCCCCAGUAUGUGCUCCACCACAGUGUCCCCAAGCAUGUCCCCGGUACCGGGAAUAAACUACCAUGAAAGGAACAGAAACUUCGUCCCCCGACGGUUGACGAGCACCUGCGCGCUAUGGACCAGCUUCACCAGGUUGGGAUCGUGUUUACAUAUUUGAAGUGUGCGUGUUUGAGGUGAAGCACUUCUUUGUUUACAUCCGUCGACAGUUGAGGUUUCGAGGGCACAAACAAGAGCGUCCCACCUCAUCCUGAACCUUUUGCCAAUCUUUGAUGUAUUUGAGUCUGUAUUAACCCUUUGAAUGAUACGAUACAGAUUAAAGCAAAUCAAAUUAGGUAGGUGGGCUUAGAGGUGCCGGCUGCAGCUGUGCAUCACCAAAGACAAUCCCCGGUUUUGUAUUUAAACAAAAAAACAGGUGUUAAUAGGUGAACAAUUCAAGAGCUUUUGAAAAUUAAUAGAGGUAGUUAGGACGAGGUGAAAUCAAAACUUUUAUAUUGUUCUGCCAAAAAGCCCUACAGGAUGAGCACAGUUGGUAAUUAUUUUCCACUCCCGAAAGUUUACCGUUUUGUACUGCGAAUCAAUUUUAUUUCGCUUUUUAAAAAUCAGAACAUCGAGAAGGAAUUUAAUUGGACUAAUCAAAGAAUCAGUACCAAUUCCUAUUAGAAAAAUAAAGAUCGUUAGAAAUUCGAGCACUUUUCGAGCAGUUGUAAGAAGUUAUUUUGAAAAUUAUUUUUUUACAGUUAGAUUUUAGGGUUUUAGUAGUUGAAUUCUCUUUUUUCGAUAUUAUGUUCCAUUUUAAAACAAUGAAAUUAAAUGAUAUCAAGUGCUCGAAACAAUAAGCAGUCUACUAUAAAAAAGCGUAUAGUUUACGAUAAAUUCCCUCACUCAGUUGAAGUUGGAAGCAUUCACAUGUGAAAAUAAACUACGAACCAAUCCCAUUUCAUAAAAUCGAAUACUGCAAACGCAAUUAAAAACUAAAUUCGUCCCCGCCGCGAGGCACCAGUGACCGUAUCUUGGAGCCGUUUACUGCUUUAUCUGUCACGAAGAAAAUCACAUUUUUUUUAAAUCCCUCGGCAGCGCGCUCGCUCACAGUACUCCACCGGCACCGGCCCUACAACCCUACAAUCGUCCCUUUAUUUCGUCCCUUUGCUUCUAACCAACCAUUGUGACUAUCUUCCCUUCUGUACAUCCAUUCUUUCCUUCCGAGCCCCACACGACUACCGUGUGGGCGAGCGCCUGAUACCGAUGGCCGGCGCUUGAUAACACAAUUAUUUGACGAUUGUGCUGACGUUUGCUCGUUCCGUCGGCCGUGCGUGAGCUUCCAACUGGCUCAAAGGGAGCAAAGCAAUGAAAGCAAAAAUGUUGUGCUUUUCUGUUUUUCAAAAGUGAGUUUGCCCUCGUGUUUUGCUCCUUGCACACGCGCCGAUUUAUUACGAGCCGUCACAUAAUCGUCGCUCGGGCAGCAGUGGAACGUAAAGCUUAACGAAAACCCACCGACUUACUAGCAGCGAUAGAAGGAGGAGAGAGAAAGAAGAAAAAACGAAUGCCAAGCAGAACGUUAAAAUAACAGAGCAUCCCGAGACAGUGCACACUCAACCGCCGGUAAAUGAGCCCAAAAUGUGAUUUUCCAUUCCGACAUGCUGGCAGCACGUCUUGACGCGUGAUACACAUGCACACAAUCUUGUGCUGCCUGUGACGGCUGGGACGAAUAGAUUCGCUUUUUUUUAUUUUCCCCCGUUGCCCCAACACAGACAGACAGGGCUCGAUUCCACGAGCUGUAAUUAACACGAGAUGCUCACGUUACGAAGCCACGCGUAAAUAACUAAUCCGCUCCCCUGCCUCUGUCGAGAGUCUUCGAUUCGAAGCAAUGGCAGCGAACGUAACGGUCAUCCAAAGCCGUGCGCUCAUUACCCUCAUUAUCGUUACCAGGGAGGAGUCGGGGAAAACCCCGUGGAAAAGCUUGCUGUCUUUCGUGUAGAGCAAGGGUGGGCGCUGCUUAUCAACGUGCCCAAUCUGCCGUGCUCCGGGUGGCAAUGGUGGCAGAAGAAUGAUGUUUUAUUUCCCCUUCAUGUAUUCAUUUAUUGCUCAGCCGUGCUCAUCCCACACCUUCACACCAAAACGGUAAACAAAUCCUUCGUCGUGCGUUUUGGUGUGAACCGGUGGGUUUUGCGAAUAUCAAGGACAUACAAAGAGAGAGAGAGAGAGAGAACUAGUCCACAGACAACAAAACACCGUGUGGUCACAAUGGUCACCUCGUUAAAGCUAAUAGCCAGUUGGAACCAGUAAUGGUUUCGACAGCAUUUUUCGCCCGUGUUUUUCGCUUUCACUCUCAGCGCCACGGGCAUUAAGGUGCGAUGACCUUUUCCCCGAAAUGAGAUUACACAUUUUGUCAUUUAGGUUUUGCACCUCCUUUUUUGUGUUUAUUGCACGGAGAUAAACAAAAGAAACGGGGUCAACCGUGGGUUAGACUAAAGAGAAGCAUUAGGCCCUCCACCUCGACUUGUGCUGAGAUUGAAGAGGUGGUGCUAAGAAUAAUGCUCCACAUCCUUUGCACCGUGACCGACCGUGAUGGUAGUGUAAAUAUCGUUAGAAGAAAUCCCCAUUUGAUAGAUAGUCGUAUAUAUGUAUAUUUUUGAUAUCGUAGGUAGGAAAAAACCGUCACCUUUACCAAAUACAAAACAAAAAGAUGAAAAUAAACACCUAAAAACGAUUCCCAGUUGUAUUCCCAUUUUCCGGCAAGCGAGCAGCACGACAGAACGCGCAGCUCGAUGUGAUAGACAGCCGUGUGUGCGGUUAGCAGAUACACAAACAUCACUCAAAUAGGCAUCACGAUACACACACACACGCGUACAAACAGUCGAAACUAAUUUAGAUUAAUCUGUGGUUAGAAUGGCACGGAACGAACGCAAACGAUGGUGGUGAAGGUUCUGGGGCGAAAUCUGAUUCGCUGCCAAUUACGCACGUUCCUUGAUUAAUUACCGCGCGGAAUGUUGCUCACUUUUGAAUGUCACCGUGUAGUGGCAACGCGCGCACCGAAACCGAAAGGGCCUACUGGGUGGCACGUGACCCACACAGGCUGAGGGAAUGUGUUUGGAAGGCAUUAUUCAAAUUUUCACUUGCACACACACGCACGGAGCAGUCAUUUGAAACCAGAAUCCCCCACUAGCGAAAGCACACACAUGCACACGCGUGCUUUGCAUAACUUUCGCAUUUUCCGAAUGUGGACCGGAACUAUACUUCCAAUGUGCGGCAUGUACACUGCUCGAUUGAAGUCACAUUCCUGCUCGCUCGCCGCUUAAGAUAAUCGGCGUUUUCUUGGCAGGUGUCACUAGGAACGUGAUACGCGUGCUGCGAGCGUUACACAUUUCUUAAAGAGUGGCUUGAUUAAUUAAUGCAACUUGCUUGAUAAAGCUUUGGCCUUUAAAAUGUGCAAAAUGCAUAGUUUUUGUUUAACUUGGACACAAAAUCCCAAAAUUUUAUUUCUGAUCGAAAUUAACUAAAUUCUUUAAUUCCCUUUUUCCUAGUAAUGUAGUAGUAAAUUUCCUAGUGGAAGUAAUAUUUUUUUUUUA